UUGUUUGAAUCCCUGAGAAUUUAGAUUUGCACCCUAGACCCCAACUCCUCUCUCUCUCACACAGUCAGAUCUCUCACGCCCUUCACUCUCUUUUCUGAUUUCUCUCACACGAAUACACGAUACACCACAAUCACUCUCACCAGACCUCAUCAACGCGCACCACCACCGGCCACCACCACGCCGGCCGCCGAUCCACCACCAGACCAGUCCAGCCGUCCCUCUCUCUGGCUCUGCGGUUCUAUAGACUUCAGAUUGCACUGUUCAACCGCAGAGAUAAUGAAGAAAGCCAUGGCUUUUGUUCUGUUAAUAUUUCUUUCAGUUGUACAUUACUCAAAUGCUGAAGAAGCUUUCGAUGUUCGCAAACAUCUCUCCACUGUCUCCAGAUAUGGUGCUGUGAAAGACAUUGCUGACAACAACUUUGUACCUUCUAAUAUUCCCGAAGGAUGUGUUCCAAUACAUUUAAAUCUUGUGGCGAGGCAUGGAACUCGUUCCCCGACGAAGAAAAGGAUAGGAGCGAUGGAUAAUUUGUCAGCUCGUCUGGAGGUUCUUUUAAGGGAUGCAGAAGAACGAAAAUUGCCUUUGGAGAGACUUCCCUCCUGGAUAAAUGGGUGGAAAUCUCCUUGGCAAGGAAGGCUUAAGGGUGGUGAGUUAGUUAGCAAAGGAGAGGAUGAACUAUAUGAUCUUGGAAUCAGGGUUAGAGAAAAGUUUCCUAAUUUGUUUGAUGAAGAAUACCAUCCAGUCAUAUAUCCUAUAAAGGCAACCCAAGUUCCGCGAGCAUCAGCUAGUGCUGUGGCAUUUGGAAUGGGGCUUUUCAGUGGCAAUGGAAGUCUUGGACCUGGGCGUCAUCGAGCUUUUGCUGUUACCAGUGAAAGCCGUGCUAGUGACAUCCAACUGAGAUUUCAUGAUUGUUGUCAUAACUACAAGGAUAUCAGGAAAAGGCAGGAACCUGCAGUCGAUAAACUUAAGGAACCUGUGCUUGAGGAGAUUACAUCUGCAUUAGUUGGGCGAUAUGGGCUGAAUUUCACAAGGCAGGAUACAUCCUCUCUCUGGUUUUUGUGUAAACAGGAAGCAUCAUUGUUGGAUAUAACUAAUCAAGCAUGUAGUCUUUUCAGCCCUUCUGAGAUUACAUUGUUGGAGUGGACAGAUGACUUGGAGGUGUAUAUUCUGAAGGGUUAUGGUAAUUCAAUAAACUAUAGAAUGGGAAUACCAUUACUUGAAGAUGUUGUUCAAUCCAUGGAACAAGCUAUUCAGGCUAAAGAAGAAAACCAUGCUCCUGGAAGCUUUGAAAAGGCAAGACUUCGGUUUGCACAUGCUGAAACUGUAGUUCCAUUCUCAUGUCUGCUCGGUUUAUUUCUUGAAGGAACUGAGUUUGAAAAAAUUCAGAAGGAGCAAACUUUGCAGCACCCUCCAAAGCCUCCGCAGAAAAGAAAAUGGCGGGGUAGUACUGUGGCCCCUUUUGCCGGUAACAACAUGCUGGUCUUGUAUAGUUGUCCUGCUUCAGAUGAAUCUAGAAGCAAGCACUUCGUGCAAGUGUUGCACAAUGAACAACCCAUUCCAAUGCCGGGUUGUGAUGGUUCAGAUUUCUGUCCAUUUGAAGUAUUCAAGAAAAAAAUAGUUGCACCUCAUCAGAAGCAUGACUAUGAUACUGUCUGUAAUGCAAAGCUAGAGCCAAACCCCUCGGGCAGCAGCAAGUUUCUUCAAAUAUUUCAGUGGCUUUUCUCACUGGGGAAAGGUGAUAAGUACCUCAAAGAUGAACUUUAGUUUGUUUCCUGGCAAAGGAACCUCGAUUCUUAUAUUCUGCUUACUAGGUGGUUCCGCUUCUUAACAGAUUUUCAGACAUGAGCACCAGUUCCUUCUAGCAGAGAACCAGUUUUACAUAGAUUCUGCAGCCAAUACAGGAAUUCCUUUUUAGCUUGAGCUUGGGGAAUGGGACUUCCUUGUUUGUAGCUGAUGUAAAUGGAAAGUUAGAGAUGGAAAGUUGAGUUCUAGAUGUCACUUUUCAUUAACAGCGUUACACUUGACUUAGUAGUCACAACUUAUUCCGCAGAUGGUGUAGCUUUUGAUAUGUCCUCAUUUCAUUUGUUCUUUGGAAUAGGAUAUACUUAACUGGUGAACUUCUCUGACUUGUCAAGAAUUCAUUUUGCUACGGAUAAAUAUUAUAAUUGAACAAGUUUAGUCGUGCUUAUGAAUCACAUACAACAA